AUGGUCACCUCAAAGGAACCUCCUGUUAAAGCAACGCGUCUUUACCAGAGCACGCAGGUGUCACAAAAAACGAGCAUCAAAAACAAAACAGACAGAAGUCACUGCUGGAUGGACUCGCCUCGGCAGGUGACUGAAAACCAACAGGAGGAAGAUGAGCUCAUCAAACCACAAAAGCUGAUGAAUCCCGUGCAGGCGUCGCUCCAACGCAGAGCUCUUCAUCAGGAGCUGCUUUUCUGUCACAGACGAGGUGUGCUGCCAGGGAGAAAGCCCGAGUUGCAACGUGUGCUUGAGAACAAAAAGAUGGAGCAGCUGAAGAAAAGAGAACUGCAGCCUCCCUCUGACUUGGAGGUGAAACUGCGCAGAAGACAGGAGAAUACAACUUACUACGAGCUGGAGGAGGAGAAGCGGAGGGAAAGUCUGAAGAAUCUGCCGGAGUUUGUUCGGGUGAGACGAACCCUGAAGCACAUCCCAGCGUUUUCCAAAUAA